AUGUCGAAAAUACUUUUGUGCCAAGAUUGCAUCACCCACGUAAAUCUACGUAUUUACCUUAGCAAAUCUCAUGCACUCAAGUAUAACUUUUUUGCGUGUUUUCUAUUCCAGGUAUAUGAGUACCUCUUGUCGACAUCAGUUAGUGACAAUGAACCUGUAAUGGCACUACACUGGAACGAGAACGCACUUCCGCAUUUUGUGAAUGCUGCUAAAUAUAUUGAGGACGAUGUUGUCAUGCCCAAAACCGCGCGGCAGCAUCACACCCGACUCGUAGUUAAAGACGUGAUUGCAUCUUUGACGACAAAAGCCAGCGGGCGCGUUAGAUACGUAUUGCUGGUUUCAAAUAGUGUUGUGCAAUAA